AUGGCAGAGCCAGGUGGCCCCUUGCGGCUCCGGGACUGGCUGGUGGCGCAGAUUGAAAGCGGACACUACCCUGGGCUCCGUUGGGAGAACCGAGAGAAGACGAUGUUCCGCAUCCCCUGGAAGCACGCGGCCAAGCAGGACUACAAGCAGCAGCAGGAUGCCGCGCUGUUUCGGGCCUGGGCCAUUUACAAAGGUAAAUACCAGGAGGGCACAGACAAAGCUGACCCAUCUGUUUGGAAAACCCGACUCCGCUGUGCCCUCAACAAGAGCACAGACUUCCAGGAAGUGGUUGAUCGGAGCCAACUGGACAUCUCUGAGCCCUACAAGGUCUACCAGAUCAUCUCUGAGGGGAUCCGCAACCUGGAGGAUGAGGAGCAGCAGGGUCAUCUGAGAACCCCCCAAGAUCUAUCAUCUGAGCCUCUCCAGAGGCCAGACCAGGCUGGCUCAGACUCAGCUCCUGAGGAGAUUGGCAAGGAAAGGAUUCCUAAGGGCUGCCUUCAGGUUCCCCCAGCCCCCUGCUUUACCAGUCCAAAGGCUGAGCCUGGGUACCAAGUGACAGGCACGUUUUACGGUUGGGACCCUUCACAGAGUCGCCUUCCCCCAAGCCUAACAUCCUUGGAGGAUGUCAGCAACUCUGACUGCUGGCUCCAUGUCCGUCUGUACUACCGAGAUGUCCUGGUGAAGGAGGCUAUUGCUUACACUGCCGAGGGCUGCCGUUUGACCACCCGGCCUGUGCCAAUGGACAGCCCACACCUCUAUGGCCCUGCCAGGCUGGAGCAGAUCCAAUUUCCAUCACCUCACUCUCUGCCAGGGGCCAGUCCACCUGUCACCCAGAUCUUGGAGCGUCUCUUGCCUCACCUGGACAAGGGAGUCCUGCUUUGGGUAGCUCCUGAGGGGGUCUUUGCGAAGAGGCAGUGCCAGGGUCGGGUUUACUGGAGAGGCCCUCUGGCACCCCACUGUGACCAGCCCAACAAAUUGGAAAGGGAGAAGACCUAUAAGCUGUUGGACACCCAGCUGUUCCUGGAUCGUAAGAACCUGAUGGGGAAGACCUGGCAAGGAGCAAUUUGGGGCUAAUAGAGGGUUAAUGGUGUGAGAGGAGCACAGGGAGAUGAGGGUGCCUUUUGCAUAAAGUAAGAUCAGU